UGGAUUAAUCCAUCCAUUUGAAAGCCUUAUUAUAGGGACUCUAGUAAUCGCAAAUCGCUAGUGUGAUACGUGCUUUUUGAGUCACGUGAUUUGGGUGAGAACGAACAACGAACGGAAAACGGAGCUGAAAAUGGAACGAAAAAUGAAAGUCGAUCAACGGUCACUGAUAUAACGAUAAAGCAGUGAGACAUUCGUGUGCCGUAACGUUAUGAGGUAAAAAUAUGGAAUGGAGUUAGACAGAUUCUUAUCAAUUCUUACGUACGAUCGCCAAAAACAGCGCGGCCAAAGAAUAGUUAAAUAAAGCAUCGUGCAAUGUGAAUAGAUUACUUUGUGAUGUGACAUAUGGUCAUCUAUGAUCUAACCUGUACAAAAAGGAUCUAAACAUAGCUCCCGAAGCAGCUUUUAAAAAUUGCGAUACUUGCAUCGAUUCUCUGAUCAGCGAGAGCCUUUUACAUUUGUAAAAGAAGAGAGUAAUAUCCAACUUGUGUCGAUAUGGAUAGCUUCAAUGAGGACUUAUUUAAUCCAUCACCGAGUUGCAGUAAAUCAAUAAAUACAAGUUCAAAUUUGGUAAUGAAGCAGACAAAUGAUUUGGUGCAAGAUUCAAUUAAAGAGAGAAAUUUGAAUAAUAGUCUUGUCAAGGAUAUUUCAGUAAAACUUACACGUUUACCAAAUAAAAAGAAUAAAAAAUCAAUUACAUUCUUUAAUAAAAAUAUAUAUAUAAAAAGUAGAAAAAAAUACAAAUUGUGGAAAUAUGGAAAUAUACAAAUUUAUAAAAAGAAAAAAAAUUCUAAAAAAUCUUUGACUCAGCAAAUACUUGACAAAGAGACAUCUACUACUGAAAUUACUACAAAAUUAUUAGAAAGUGAAAUAGAUGAUAAUGCAUAUGCUUGCUUGAAUGAACAACCACAGAAAAUAGAAGAAAAAUCAUGUGCUACUCAGCAGAAUGUACAAAAUGCACAAGAAAAUGCUAAAGAUUUUACUUUAUUGACUUGUGAAGUUCAAAAUAAAAAGGAAGUCUCAUGUAAAUAUGAUAAAACGUAUACAUGUGCACGUAUUUUACCAUAUGAAUUUCAUCAAGAAAAGAAUAAAUCAUCUAACAACACUACUGAUGUAGUUACAAGCUACAAUUUUUCAUCUUCAUCAUCAUCAAGUAGUGAGGCUAUGGAGCAGAAUUCAAUUAUUGAUAAGAUUUGUGUCUUCAAUUUGUCUAAAAAUAAAAGAAGAUCAAUGAAAAGAUUGGUUCAUGAAAGAUUGAGAUCCAAAAAACUUGCCACACAAGAAGAGCCAAAUGAGUGGAAGUCUAAAAGAAAAAGAUCUUUGUCUGAAUCAUCUGAAGAGCUUAGAUCAAGGAGAAAACGCUGUCGAAGAAUAUUGUCGGAUAAAUCUGACAAUAAUGAAAAUGCAGUUGAAAGUAUGGAAAUGAUUGGAAGUGAUAAUGAAAAUAAAUCUCACUCUUAUGAAAAGAUAAAUCAAGAAAAAUCGCGACCGGAUAUACAGAUAAAUCGUGAGGUAUCUAUUACUUUAAUGAGAUUGGAACAAAUGAAUGAUGUGGAUGUUAUUAAAUGGCGAGCAAGCAGAAUAAAGAAUGCUUUAGAAAUUAUUCAAUCUCAAUCAGUAAAAGAACAACAAUUGAAUAAACAAAAGCAAUUAACAUUAAAACAUCAAGAAAAUGAAACCAUUUCGUUAAAUGAAUGUCAAAGGCACAAUUUAUCAGAAACACAAAAUAACCAUGAGGAUCUGUCACAAUUUUUAAUAGUGUCUAAUACUCAUGUUGAGAAACACUGUCCAGUGAGGUUAAAUGAUGAACGAUUGAAUAUGAUAAAGUUAAGAAAGAAAUACAAGCUAUUCAAAAAACCUAGAGUUUUGAUAAUAAAACUGGAAACUUUAAAAAAUUUUUCCGAAAAUGGUAUAUAUUCGGCAAUCGAAAUCGAGCGUUUAACAAAGAAAUAUAUAAACUUUGUAAUAAGUUCUACUUCUUCAUCCAAACCUCGUGAAUCAUUGUAUGGAUUCACACAUUUACAAAGAAAAAACAUGACAAACAUGAAUGUUAUUUGCAUGGAAGAUGAUAAGACAAGCUACAGUUUGUCUGAUGGACAAAGUGUGAACAAUAAUUCCAAACAAUCGGAUAUAAAUGGAAGUUCAGUGAAAGAUGAUCAAGUUGUGGAAAGUAAUAGUAACAAGAAUACUAAUUUUGCAUUCAUCUCCAGCCAAAGUCGGUAUAAAAAUUUAUCACCGAAAACGUUGAGAAGCAAAAACAGUAAUUUGCCGCAGAAGUCACUACUAGAAAUAUGGCGAAAUGCAUUUUGUACACAAAAAUCCGUAAGAAAACUACAAAAAACGAGUGCCGAGCAAUCCGUUUCUGCACAGUCGACAUCAGCAGAAGCAGUCUCCAUUUCGCGAAACUCGCCAAAGAAAUUGGCGGAUGCGGAAUGUAAGAAUUCAGUUUCCAGUUCUUUGGCUUCCACAUCUACAUCUUCCAUAAAAAAUAAUACAUCAGUAAAAUCACCUGAAAAACAUGCUUCGCAGAAGAAACAAGAAUCAGUGCAAUCGACAAAAUGUAACAAGACAUCUAAAUUCGAAUUAUUCACUAGUGAUACGAAUUUUUCAAGUAACGCAAGAGUAGAAGAGAAUAUCGCUAAGAACAAUCUUCUUCAAUCUAAAAAUAGCACCAUUUCUAAAAGUCCGUGUAAACAGUCCACUGUUACAGAAGAGAAUAUUACCAUAUCAGAUUCUUCCUUGAAUUUAAGCAAAAAAGUUUUGGAGGAAAUGCCAAUAAAAUCAUUUGAGAAACCGAGCAAUCUUCAAUCGUCAACCAAUGAUCCACGAUCCAUGACACCUAUAAAGAUUUCGAAGACCUCAGGAAUAUGGAGUAUUAAUCGGUUAUUGCGCAAAGAAAAAUUUAAGUGUAUUAUAUGUGAUAUGCCAUUCGAGAAUUAUCAAUCGCUACAAAAACACAUGGCGAUUAAUUCAUGUAAAAAAGUCAAGAGUCCUUUGCGCCACAAUGCAUUGAAACGCAUAGAAUUCACAGAAAAUGAGAAAAUAAUAAGAGAUAAAACUUGUCAAGACAGAAAUAAAUUAAAACUAUUAACGUCUCAACAAAAUUCUCAUAAAUCCAAUCGAACUCAUAAUACCGCUGAAGAAACCACUUUGCCUUCGUUCUUAUCACUGUCGAGUGACAGCGAAAUGCAGAACAAGUGUUUACGGACACCACAAACAAAAACCAAAACCAAAUUAAUUGCAAAGUCAAACUCUGAUUUGAAUUUGAGAUUGCAAAGUGGAACGGAACUUCCAGAAAUUAGGCAUCAAAACUCAUCCCACAGCGUAAACAGCGAUAAAGGAAAGCAAUGCAAAGUUUGUUUACGAUUUUUCAAUACCUAUUUGCAGUUAUUUGAACACAUGUUUAAACAUGCGAAUCGUAUUAUCAAGAAUGCAUAUAUACCAACCAAAAAUGAUAUCUCCACGCAAAAGACUAACGAAAACAAUCAUCGAGUUUCCGAUACUUUAAAAGAAGUAAAAGCAGCUGCUAAAGAGACCAUUAUCGAUGUCAAUGUGCAGGAGAAAGGAUUACUAGAGAACGCAAACGAAUCAAAUACGGAUCUAAAUCUCGUUAUUUUGGAAGUGUCGCAACGUAAUGCGGCUAAGAAGAGAGACGAAACAUCGAAUUUAUUACAAGCAGAGAUGAAGCAAAAUUUACAAAAAGAACAAUCGAUAACUGUAGCUAAUGACGUCGAACACGUGACGGAUAGGAUUCGAUAUGUGGAGAAAGAAAAAGAGUGUGUCACUGCAACAUCUUCGAAACUUCAACCGACAAAAUCUAUUUCCAUCUGCAAGUGUCACAGGCCCAAGACAGUCAACGAGACUCACCACAACAUUCAGAUUGAAAUAGUGUUAUUGUGCGAUCCUUGCCAGACACUGUUUCGACGCUUUGAAUGCUUUGAGGCACAUUGUCAACGCGAUAUUCAUGCGUCUUGCGCGAAAAAUCGACGACGCAACAGGACACCCAAAUUGUUGUGUGUCACCUGUCAGAAAACAUUGAACUCUAUUCAGGAGUUGCAGACUCAUCUGACAAUGCAUACCCAACUCAAUCGCAAAAUCCUAAGACUAUCUUUUCUCUGCAACAUAUGUAAAGUGAUCUUCUAUUCGCAAGGACCUUUGUUUAAUAACCAUUUCCACAAUCACGUGAAAAACCGGUUGUUUUUGGCUAGUCGUUUGUCAUUUCCAAAAUUUGCCUACGUCAGUAUGAAACUCAUCGAGACGCUGCCAGCCGUGGACAACGAGGCGCUGUCAGUCGUGAACAACGACAAACAGAUCGAAGUUUAUAUACAAGUAGCCGAUUACAGGUGCCGAGAAUGCAAUGCGCUUUUCAUUUUGGAACAGGAUCUGAAGUCGCACAAGGAACUUGGUCGAUGCAAGACUGUCCCCGCUGCCGCUGAUAGUGAAUCCUUGGAUGACACAAACGCGAGCUUGGUCGUGUCUAAGAAGAUACCGAUUUUGCUGAUAUGUGGAUUUUGCAAUGAGACAUUUUACAACAGGGCGCACUUCGAACUACAUUCAUUGGAGCACAAACAGAAACGGGAGCUGCACUCGCAUUACACUUGCGUUAGCGUUACCGCCAUUACGAAAGUGUUUAUCUGCAAAGUGUGCACGACCAUGUGGAAAUCUCUGAAAAAUUUUGAGGAGCAUUGGCUGACUCACGACACGCUACAGGAAGUUUACAUAUGCUCUCUUUGCCAGAAUCAUUACGACACCAUCGAUCUAUUUCAAGAACAUGCAAUUACACACAGGAACAGUGCCGAAAAACAUCCCGAAUCGAUCUCGUGCAAGGUGAUUUAUCGCGACCAAAACUUUGAGAUGAAUUCGCAGCAAGCAACUAUAAAUGACGAUCAUGUACCUUGCACGAGUUCUUUUGAUGGAAAAGAAUCUUCCGAGAAGAUUGCAGAUGAUAAUCCGAUUCAAGAAAAACAGUUGAAGGUUUCUGCACAACAAAAUUUAUUGGCUAAAAAUAAACAAUCCACAAGAGACGAGACAAUGAUAUUGCGAGAAUUAUUAAUGGUUUCUUCCAGUAAAGAGACACAAGCUCUUGGGAAUGACGCGAAUGUCCAGCAAGAGCCACUCGCGCAAGUUCCCUCGAUCGAUGUGGCGAAAUCGAUACGAGCGACGGAAAAUGGCGAUAACGAGAAGAGUAAGGAUAACAAUGAUAAUUCGGAGAAUCUCGACGAUUCGGAAGAGGAGGAACUGACAAUAGUAAUGUCGGAGAGCGAGGAGAAUGUAAUGUCGAACGUGAUCAGAAAGGCCGAACCGAAAAAAUCCAAUGACGUGUCUUCCGUUAAAUGUAACAACACGCAAGAAAGCGUUACGACGUCCGAUGCUACCGCGUUUAUCCAUGAUGAACAGAGGCAAGGUUUCAAUGCUUAUCCGACUGCUGCCUCUGUAAAAACUUUGGGUAAUGCUAACAAAACUUUGAAUUCAAAUGCCGAAGUUACUUUGACAGGAGAGCUCGUAACACAGUUCGAAGGAAAUGCAAAUGUUUCACAAGAUAACGAAUCGAUCAUCGAACGUGCGAAUAUUUUAAAUUCAACGCCGACGACACGAUUAGCCAAUAGUUCAUCCAGCGAGAAUAAUGCGAAUAAUGAUUCGAUGUCUUCAAGCGUGAAAUCUGUCGAUGAAAGAGCCAAAAACAUGUUACCGCAGAACGCUAUGAGCUCAAUACCCAAAUCUUUUCUACGUGUAAAAUCCUUGGCGGAAUUAACGAACGUUUCAUCGCAAAAUUAUUUGUGUCAUGUGUGUGGUCUGUUCUUCGAUAGCCUGUAUAAAUUGAUAAAUCAUAAGUACGUGCACGUUGCUCAAGAUGAGAAAGACAAAGUAAAUUCAGCAUAUACAUCAGAGACUUCGGAGUUUAAUCCCUCGAUGCACAUGACACAAACUCAACAUGUCUCUCAAUCUUCUUCGAUGAUUACAGGUAAUACGCCUCUAUUCAGCAACGCGCCUUUAUCCGCGCUUCCAUCCGGCAAUGCGCUUUUAUCCGGUAAUGCAUCUUCAUACGGCAGCGCACCUCCACUUGGCAACGUGCAUCCAUCUGCCAACGUGCGUCCAUUAAAUCGAACAAUCAAUCUCGGCAAUUCCCGACAAUAUCAAGUAGCCGACGUAAAACCGUUGCACAAGAACACAUAUAAUACACUAAUGAACAAAAUGGUGAGACCGAAUAAGGCACCGCAAUACAAUCUCGCAUGUAUGCCGUCGUUGAAUAAUUCCAUUGUCGCGCCGCAACAGAUGAUGCAACAGAAGUCAAUCUACCAUCAAAACUUACCGCCUCAGAUCGCUUAUCCGAUAAACACGACGAUUCAAAUGGGUCACCACAACAUCGGCACCAUGGCAGUUAAACCGUUUCUACAAACUAUUCAAGUACAGAGACCUCCAUCUCCUGCGUAUCCGCAGCACCAGCACCAGCAGCAGCAACAACAACAACAACAGCAACAACAACAACAACAACAAUAUACAAGUAUCGGCAAUGACGUACGUAAUUAUCCAAACGUAUUAUCUAAAGACAGGGUGCCUUACCAGUUGGCGCCAAACAAUGUGGUAUCGGCAAAUUCGGCUAAUGUAAUACUCAUGAACACGAUGCUGCAGGUGUCGCAAAAUCCAGAGCGUUACGUAUGCAUAUUAUGUCCGAGUUUCGAGUGCAGUUCAGUACAAGAUUUUGCGUUACACAUGCGUUCGCCAAAGCAUGAAGCACAUAGUAAUUAUAACAGUUCGUCUUACGUGCCUCGAGCUUAAAAUUGUUGGUAACAAUUUUUAUGGGAUAAUUAAAUCGAAUUGGAACACGACACUUCCAUUUAAAGUUCUUUUUUUUAUUUAUAAAGUCUGAACAAUUGAUCUUUCCGGCCAAAAAUAAGUUUUAUUUUAAUUAAUAGCGUAUUUGAAUCGCACGAUACUGAUAAGACUGAUUGCAAUUAAAUCCAUUUUUUCUUUCUCUCUCUCUCUUUCAGAAAGUUUCUAUUUAUUGUUUUAAAUAGGUAUUUAUGAAUUAAAACCAAAAGUAUAUUAGACAAUUAUUUUUCAUAUAACUGCGUAUACAAAGUGUCCGGAGUCAAUAGCAUCAUCCGUUGUGUGCAGAUAGAGCAGGUAAAAUCAAGGAGAAAAGUCCUUUACCAUUUUAUGGCCUUUGCAAUAAUUAUUGAAAAAUUAAUUAAAGAAGAUUGACUAAUUCGCGAGAAUAUAAGCGCGCAGUAAAAAAGGACAGCCUAUUGAUAUGUAACUUCUCAUUACUACGAAAAUCGCAAAAAGGUAAAGGAUCUUUUUCCCUCGGUUUCGCCCGUUCUAUUUGCACACGACGGGUGAUGCGAUUGAUUCCGGACAUUCUGUAUACAGUUGUUCUGUAUACAUUGUUUUCUCAAACUUUUCGACAAAAUAUCUCAAUAUAUGUUCCCAUGUCUCUCAUAAAUUUUGUAUAAUAAUUUUUAUUUACUAUAAAAAUUAUUAUACAAAUAAUUAUUAUUUCCCCUUACGUGUACAUCUCAAUUUUUAUGAUAAUUAAUCAAUAAUGUACAUUCAUGAUAAUAUAAAGACAAUGGCAUUGACAAUUUUAUUGUCUUAUUUCUAAUUAAAUCAACUUUUAGUACAUGUUAGUUAUUUUUCUCAUUUUGAUAGAAUAAUUUUGUUUCUUUUUCUCUGCCGCCGAUAUAAUUAAUCAUUAUCAUCGGCACAUACAGAUAUCACAGAAGAAAAACAAAUUGUUAAUAGAAUGAUUAAAAAUGCAAGUUUCAAACAGUUAAAACUUACUAAUAUACACAGUUUGAUCAGAAGCGUGUGAAUUGAAACCGCUAUUUUUAGAUUUAUCUAUCUAUAAGUAUAUUAUAUUAUACGAUAAUUUUUAUGUAUAUCGUGUGUGUUUUUGUGAUUCUAAAAACGAUAUACAUAAUACCAACAUUUAAUUUGUGAAUUUGAAUUGUUUAUAAGAAAUUGCAAAUGUUACAUAAAUAAAGAAAUAAAUAUUCAAAUAUAAAUAUACAAUUUAGUAAAUAUAAAAACACAAACAUUAACUAGAAAAGUAACAUGAGGUCCGCAAAAAAAUGUAAGUUAAGUAAAUUUUUCUCUUUUUUACCAUUUAUUAUUAUUAUGUUUUAAUUGAAUUUCAACGUCCUCCAAGUCAAUUUCAAAACUCAUUCUAUCAGACUCCGUCUAUCAUUAAGAUGUCACUUAAAAUGAUUAUAAUUAUAUACAUCUUUUUGUAUUUCUUUUUGCAGUGAACAAAAAAAAAGAGGAAUGAAAGACAAUUAUUUUUCUGUAAUUCAUAAUUUUGCAAUUUACAUUUUAUACUAUAUUUAUAAUUUAUAUUUAUCAUAUAAAUAAAUAUAAAAAAUUAAUUUUUAAUAAACUUUAUUAUUAAUAAUUCUUGCAAAGUUUUUUUAAGGUAAUUUGCUUGUUGAUCGCGAUUUCAAAAUACAAAAAAAAUAACGAAAAGCAUUUAUCGAUUAAUUAAACACGUUACAUUUAUAUAGUACUAAUUGCGUAAUUAUUUAUCAUAAUUUACUCACCGUAAUCACAAAUUCACAAUUUACUAUUGUAAUUUAUUCUAAAGUUCCGAUUUUUCCUGUCAUUUACAUAACUUUGAUAAAAAGUGUAGAAGUUCCACGAGUUAUAUUAAUUCAAUUUCUUAAUUUAUACUAUUGAAUCUCUUCGAAACAAUAAUAUAAUUUGUAUUGUUAGAUUUUUAUGAGUGAUAAGAAAUAAUAUGCAAUUUAAAAAAGUGUUAUUUCCUCAUUAUACAAACAAAUUAGUUAUUAGUUAUUAUACUUAUAAAAAAAGGUAACUAUCUCAGUUAAUAACAUAAUAAGUCACAAAUAAUUUGUAUCUCUCUAUUUUUUAUUUUAAGGAUUAAUUAUUUUUUAAAAAAAGAUUGUCUGGGAAUUCUUAUUUUGUGUGUGUGUAAUGCUUUAUUAAGAUAACUUUCUAUCUCUCUCUUUCUCGCAUACUUAGUGAAAAAAAUAUAUUUAUGAAAUUGUAAUUAAAGGAAUACUUUUGUGGCUCGCUACACACACAUAUAUGUAAUACGAUGUUAUAUAUAAUUUUAUAUAAUUUUACAUAUGAUUAUAAAUAAAUUGGUAAAUAUUAACGAGAUUUCUAUCGAUAAAUUGAUCAUCCUAGAGCAACUUAUUUUUAUGGGCUCUUAAGUAUAAAGAUUUAAAAUUUAGAAAUUAAUUAGAUUUAGAAUUUAAGAAUUAAAAUUAAUUGAGUAGUUUUUGUAUAUUUCAUGUAGUUGAAACUAUUAUACAGUUGACGUUUUCCGUUGAAUUUUCGACAAUUUCGAGUUCAAAAUUUAUAUUUCAUUUUUAAUUCAAAAUUGAUAUUAUCAUCAGAUCAAUCUUACAAAACCAGAUUAAAACUGACACAAAUUACAACGCAAUUAAAACCGGCAUAAUGUAAUAAAUUUAAAUUAUAUUGCAAACAUAUACGCGCGAAAAUGACUUUCUACAUAUAUUCUUUACUAUGUACACAGUACACCAAAAAGAAUUUUCAUUCACUAACAAUUAUCAUAUUAAAUACAGUGCUGAUUUCGGUUAAUAUUUCAAGUGUCUAAACAUUACAUGUCUCAUAUUAUGAUAAAUACUUUAUUUAUUUAACUCAUUGAAAUUACAUGUUUUUUUUAAAAUAUUUUUUAAACCUUGUUACGUUUUAUAGACAUAUAUGUAAAUUAAAAAUAUAACAAUAAUAUAAAUACACAUAACUGAAAAUAAAAUAAAAACUUUAUUAUAAAAUAAAAUCGAGAAUAUAUUAUAAUCGUAAUAUAAUAUAAUAUAAUUAAAAUUAUAAAUGAAACUUUUUGUCAUUGUGGCGAUUUUUUAAUUGCGUUUUAGAAGUGUUGCAUCAAUAAGAUAAAAAGAAUUGGUAAUGUCAUCAAGGAGGAUGUAAAAUUGUAAAAUAUAUAUACUUUUAAAUAAAUGCUAUUCUUGUGAUU